AUGACAUCCCUCAUUGCGAUACUUGACCUCAAGGGCAAGCCACUUAUCCAGCGAUCGUACAGGGAUGAUGUUCCAGCGUCAUACGUAGAGAAAUUCCUUCCCUACAUCCUAGACAUCGAGGAGGAGGGCCAGCAAGUGACGCCCUGUUUCUCAAAGGAGGGUGUCAAUUAUGUGCAUGUGAGGUUCAGUAAUCUAUAUCUGUUGGCCCUGUCGAAACGAAAUAUCAACGCGGCAGAAACUGUCAUAUUUCUCCACCGGCUGACGCAGGUCCUCGUUGAAUACUUCAAGGAGCUUGAGGAGGAGAGUAUCAGGGAUAAUUUUGUGAUUAUAUAUGAGUUGAUGGAUGAGAUGAUGGAUUUUGGGUAUCCACAGACGACAGAGAGCAAAAUUCUGCAGGAAUACAUCACGCAGGAAUCGCAUAAACUCGAAGUCCAAGUAAGGCCACCGAUAGCGGUAACCAACGCGGUGUCGUGGCGUACCGAGGGAAUCAGGUACAGGAAGAACGAGGUGUUUUUGGAUGUUAUCGAGAGCGUCAAUCUGCUGGUCAACGCCAAUGGAAAUGUCGUAAGGUCAGAGAUUCUGGGUGCAGUCAAGAUGAAAUGCUAUCUCAGUGGAAUGCCUGAAUUGCGGCUGGGACUGAACGACAAGGUCAUGUUCGAGAGUACAGGGAGGACUGCGCGUGGAAAAGCCAUUGAGAUGGAAGAUGUCAAAUUCCACCAGUGUGUGCGGCUAUCACGGUUCGAGAAUGACCGAACGAUUUCGUUUAUCCCACCAGAUGGAGAGUUUGAACUGAUGAGCUACCGACUGAGCACGCCGGUCAAGCCGCUCGUUUGGGUCGAAGCGGCGGUCGAGAGCCACAAAGGUAGCCGGGUGGAGUACGUGGUCAAGGUGCUUGCACAGUUCAAGAGACGGAGUACGGCGAGCAAUGUCGAAAUUUAUGUGCCAGUACCGGAUGACGCGGACAGUCCCAAGUUUAGAGCGUCGACAGGUUCGGUGCAGUAUGCUCCUGACAAGAGUGCUUUUGUCUGGAAAAUAAAGCAGUUGGGAGGAGGAAGGGAGUUUUUGAUGAGGGCGCAUUUUGGGUUGCCCAGCGUAAAGAGCGCUAAGAUUCUUACAGAGCAAGAACCGGAGAAGCGCGCGCCUAUCACGGUCAAGUUCGAGAUACCCUACUUUACUGUUAGCGGCAUCCAGGUGCGGUAUCUGAAGAUCGUUGAGAAGAGCGGGUACCAGGCGUUGCCCUGGGUGAGGUAUAUAACACAGAACGGAGAUGAUUACAGUUUACGGACGGCACUAGAAAAAGGCAGUGCUCCAAUAAGACCGCCUAUGUAG